AUGCCGCCGGAGCGAAGGAACCGAAUGAAACCGGAUCCGAGUAGCAGAGGGAAGCAACAUCGUAAAGCCCUAAUGAAGCCGGACAGGAGAACCGAAGCAAGGCCGGAUGGACCGGCCCCAAAGGCUGUUCCUUCAUCCCAGCGGAAACCGCCGGCCCCGCCGAAUGCGGCGACCACUACAAUUGCAGUCGCGGUGGAGGAGGAGAGGCAGCUCCGGCAACAGAACCGUCUGGCGCUGGAGGAGGACAAACCAUCCGUAGAGCGGUGCUUGGAGGAGCUCCUUUUCGGCGACGUUGAGGACGACGAGGACGCGCUGCUGCGGCGUCUUCGGGGCCCGCGGGUGAGGGAGGCCGCAGCGCGCGGACUGGGCGCUCGCGGGCGGGGCGCGCGGAGGGCGGUGAAGCUCGGGGGGGCGGAGCCUGGGCGACCUGCGGCGGCGGGAGCGCACACAGGUGGGAGGGAGCCGCAGAACGCAGACGCCGAAGGGCUCCUCUUUGCAUUUCAGCAUGCCAUGGGGGGCGUACCUGCGUGGGCAGAAACUACUAGGCGGAAAAAAUCUUCAGAGGAUGAAAGUGAAGAGGAUGAAGAUGACUUGUUGCAAAGAACUGGAAAUUUCAUAUCCACAUCAACUUUUCUUCCGAAAGGAAUCUUGAAGAUGAAGAACUGCCAGCAUGCUAAUGCUGAACGUCCUACUAGUGCCCGGAUCUCAUCUGUGCAGUUCCACCCUCGUGCACAAGUUGUGAUGGUUGCUGGGUUAGAUAAUGCUGUUUCGCUGUUUCAGGUUGAUGGAAAAACGAAUCCUAAAAUCCAGAGCAUCUACUUGGAAAAGUUUCCAAUCUUUAAAGCUUGUUUUAGUGCUAACGGAGAAGAGGUUUUAGCCACAAGCACACACAGCAAAGUCCUUUAUGUCUAUGAUAUGUUGGCAGGAAAGUUAAUUCCUGUGCAUCAAGUGAGAGGUUUGAAGGAGAAGAUAGUGAGGAGCUUUGAAGUUUCCCCAGAUGGAUCUUUCUUGCUUAUAAAUGGCAUUGCUGGAUAUUUUCAUUUGCUAUCAAUGAAGACUAAAGAACUGAUCGGUAGCAUGAAAAUUAAUGGAAGGGUUGCCGCAUCCACGUUCUCUUCAGAUAGUAAGAAAAUAUAUGCCUCUUCAGGGGAUGGGGAAGUUUACGUUUGGGAUGUCAACUCUAGGAGAUGCCUUAACAGAUUUGUUGAUGAAGGCAGUUUAUAUGGAUUAAGCAUUGCCACAUCUAGGAAUGGACAGUAUGUGGCUUGUGGUUCUAAUUGUGGAGUGGUAAACGUAUACAAUCAAGAUUCUUGUCUCCAAGAAACAAACCCAAAGCCGAUAAAAGCGAUAAUGAACUUGGUUACAGGCAUUACUUCUCUGACCUUCAAUCCUACUACAGAAAUCUUGGCAAUUGCUUCAGAAAAAAUGAAAGAAGCAGUUAGAUUGGUUCACCUUCCUUCCUGUACAGUAUUUUCAAACUUUCCAGUUGUUAGAAAGAAGAGUAUUUCUCUUGUUCAUACCAUGGAUUUUUCUCCCAGAAGUGGGUAUUUUGCCUUGGGCAACGAGAAGGGCAAGGCUCUGAUGUAUCGGUUGCACCAUUACUCAGACUUCUAAAGAAGAUUAUUUGAAAUCCGUGCAAGCCACAAGAGAAGCCCAUCAUAGUAUAUCUUUUCAGAAUCUUUCCUGAAUGUGUGAUAAUAUAUAAAUAAUGAUUUAUUGUGCCAGCUGUGCUUAUUUACAAUAAGAAAUGUCUUAAUAAAUAUAUGGCAACUUUUGUUUG